GAUCUUCAAAAACGCAAAACUUGAUCAAGGGUUAUCGGCAUAUUUACUUAAAGUUUGUUCUCGUUUCAAUUCAAUCAAAGAAGUCUAUUUUUAUAACUCUUUGUUUCAAUGAUGUUUGAGAGCAUUUCAAUGAUGUUUGAGGGGGGAAAGCUGAAAUAAAAAUAGUGUCUUAAUUGUUCAGUUGGAUUAAUAUUUUCAAAUGUGAAUUUGGAAGUUAAUGUAUUGAGGGGUAAAUCUGUUUAUCAUUUUCAAAACUCGGCUUAAUAUAUUACGGAUCUGCUGCAACAGUGUCUGCUACGAUGCCCAUCCGUGUAGUCCAACACGUGAUGUAAUAAUUCCUUUCAUUUCGGCAAUCUGGGCUGACCGUCAGGGGAGGUAACCAGAGUCACGGGUUGAGCGGAAAACGACAAGGUCUAUCAAUUAUUAUUUGGACUAGCCAGAAACGACCUGAACAGUUGAACAUUCGCUUGUUAAAAGACAACAUUUGACAAGGGGAUGAGUCGGUUACACUCGUACAGCGAGUCGGACGUUAACUUCUAUUAUGUUGAUGACAAUGCAAAGAAGGCAAAUCCACAGAAAGUUGAUACAUUUGACAAAUUGAUAACCCAUCUUAAGAAAGCCAUACAGGACCGAAGACAUGAGGAGUUAUACCUUGUUCGAGGAAUUCUGGUUUGGAUUGCUCAAAGCCAGUCACACAGCGGGCGAGAGGCGCGGUAUAACACACCACUUUUCUACAUACAGCAGCUGGUUGAAAGAAGAAUAUCCCCGGCAGAAGUCUUUAAAAUAUUUUGCGGAUAUGCUGGAAUAGAAUGUGAACAGGUUACCGGAAGAGCAAAAGCUAUUCGAUACAGGGCAGGAGACAGCGAUUCAGAAUAUCUAAAGCAUCACACAUGGAUAGCGUUUAAAGCAGACGGAAAAUGGCACUUGAUGCAUCCGCAAUGGUCCAUUCAAGCUUUCGUCGGAUACGAACACGGAGGCGAAAUCGAAAUUGAAAAAGACGGCCGAGAAAAAAUCAAGGUUAGGACUGAAAAACAAGGACGGCCAAUGUUUAUGGUAAAUGACUUUUGGUUUUGUACAGCGCCCGAAAUCUUUGUGACAAGAUGUUUUCCAGAUGACAUCAAGUGGCAAAAUCCGGAUGGUAAUGUUUUCGUAAAUACUGUCAAUGAUUUUCUGGCUUUACCGGAUCUACGACAAGGUUUUUAUGACAUGAAAUUAUGUUUACUUAUUGAGGAAAAAUCUUGUGUAUUACAUUCUAAAAAUGGAAAAUGUUACGUCUCUGUUAUGACUGAAAAGGAUGGUGCAAAAGCUAUUGAUUUCUCAUACGAGCUUGCAAUGGAAGGCACUUCCGGUGAUGAUUUGAAGCCCAAAGACAUGAAGCAGUUAGUUUUACACCAGAUUUGCGGGAAGGAAAGAAAUAUUAUCAAAUUUGAAAUUCGUCUGCCAGUCGUGGGAACCUACUGGUUUCGCUUAGCAGUAGGGCUGGUACAUGAACCGGAUAAGAAGCGGAACUGCUGCGAGUUCAAAAUAUUAUGUAAAGAAGCAUGCAAGGAUUGCAGACGAUUCCCCAUGUGUGCUGGUCUGGGUGCGUAUGGGUACGGUCCACAAGCAGAAGAAGCUGGGCUCGUGAAUUCAUCUCAGACAGAUGCAAAGAUAAACAUGAAACCAAACAAAGGGAAGUCAAAACAGACAAUUGCUACGUUCAAAACAGAAAACGACCCUGAGACAGACAUGUCGUAUGCCGCCCAGAUAAUCAAGAGCGGAAGUGACGAAGUAGAUGGCGAUAGUAUAGACAUCAUUCUAGAAGGAACUACUGAAGUGGUACACGACAAGAAACAAGGUAAACUGACCGUUAACGCAAACGUUCCAAAAGACGGUGAAUAUGCCUUGGUGGUUACAGCCAAGGACUUAAAAGACAAGAAAAACAAGAAAGAAAAGCCUGUCGCUGGUUACUUGGUUACUACGCACGAGGACGAAGAUGAUAAAAGGACAAAUGCACAGAUCAAACAGCAAGAAAGGAAGGUGAGAUGCGAAAACCACAAGGUGGCCAAAAUAGAAGAAAGAAACAGACUGGUAGACAUUAUUGAUUCAACCAGAAUGGAAAUCGAUUCGCUUAAAGUUUCAGGGAAAAGAAAAUGAAGUACAAAAGACCAAACUCAGUAGCAAGAUGAAUGAUUCAACCGCGUUCAAUACAGUGUUCAUUGGCCAUUCUGCUUUUGUUGUUUAGAGGGAACAAAUUUCUUUGAUCUAUUCUAUUGUUCUGCUUGCCUAGUUACAACGAUAGAGUUUUAGGACACCAUUGUCGGCGUGUGUAUAUUUCAACUGUCGUUCUUUCGUUUUGUCAAGAUUUACUUUUGUUUUAAGUUAUUUCAAUGGCGGAGACAACAUAUCAACACAAAGGAACACCUACGCAAGCCACAGAUAUCGUUAUGGAAACGAUAGAUGUAACUUAGCAGAAAUCAUGUACAAUAAAAAGUGUAAUUUAGAAACAUUCUUAAAUGGUCAUCGUGUAGAGUGCACGUAGAUUGAUAUUAAAUCCUGACAUUCGGUUGAUGGAACUAUGGGAGUGGAGGAUGUGUGUAGUGGAGGUGUGAGGGUGCGGGUUUUUUUCAGUUUUCAGUGCACGGUAUUGAACGUGUUUCUCGUUUCGAAAUUCAUUUUAUGAGUAAAAUAUGUGUUGGUAACUGAAUGUGCCCUGCAAACACGAAGAGUAGUAUAUAGGGACGUGUAUCUUUAGACAAUAUGCUGUGCUAGCUGCACUAUGCAAAUAGAGCUAUCUAUUUACUUUUUAUGUUUCUCAAUUAGUUUUGGUUAUUGGAUCUUUUUAUUUGCGAAUAUUAUUAAUCCGUUUACCUGUAAAAUACAUUGAUAUCAUAUCUAUGUUCGCAUUUUUGAAUUAUUAUAUCAAUUUAGCUUUAUUAUGUCACUUUAUUUUAUCUUAUCCUAUACAGAACCAAACAGAACAACAUUGAUAUGCCGUGGCUAUUGUGUUUGGUUUCUAAAUCCAAAAAUAAUUCUAAACAUCGCAUUACACAUGUUACAGAUACAAGCAUUUAACGAAAUCUUACUACAAAAACUUGAAUUUACCAAAAAACAGCGUUCAUCCUUAUUUUUGAUUAAUGUUAUACAUAUACAUUUCCCUAGUUUUAACAUACUGUAUACUUUGUCACCUACUAUGGACACUCAUACAACGCUAUGAUUGUCUUGUGAUAUCUCAUGUAGCGCCAUUUUAUAUCGUGUUUUAAUGACUUUAUUGAAUUAUUUUGGAGGGUUCAUUAUGUAACUUUAUCACAUUAUAUGCAUUUUCAUUAUAUUAUGUGAAAGGUGAAGCACAUGAUAUAAGAUGUAUAAAAACGAUGAGUAUCACGUGACACUGAUGGCGUUCCAUACACUCCGUAGUUUACUUUUAAUUUUAUACACAGAAUACACAUGUACAUGUAAAACGAUUUUAUUAUGUAGGUCUAGAAUGAACAGAUGCAAAUUACAUAAAUUUGUUUAGUCUACAAUAGUCCAAUGAGCCAAAGUACACGUAAACUGUGAAAUAUUUAAAGAUAAUCUAAGGAUAUCCAAAUCAAUGCAUAAUCUUUAUAGCCACACAAAGUGGGACCAGCAAACAGAGUCCAAGGCCCAGGAUCUGACUUCUUCUGUUCCAAUUCUGAAAUAUACGCAAAAAUUGUCUUUUAAAACAUGGUUGACCAAGGUACUUUCACUUGGAACAAUAUUGGUACUUUUUUCGAUACUGACUAUCAUGCAAGGAUUAUUAUUUUCACCCUUGAUGACAUCCACCAAAUAUUUGCCCUUUUUUGUGAAUUUUUGCUAGUGCCCCGUUAUGAUAAUGUCGCUAUGGCAUAAUAACUGUACAAUCAGAGAAUUGUUGCUUAGUAACACACAAUUUUCAGUGUUCUUUGGUUAUUAUAAAAAGUAAAUCUUCUCGGGUACGGAAAGUCAGAGGAGGUAAGUAGAGUCACUAGUUGGGACUAAAUAAUAUCAUAUUUUCAGUCUCCUUUGUUUAUUAGGUUGUGCUAGAAUUAAGAAAUGAUAUAUCCCAUUUCAUGAUUUGUCGUUGAAUAAAACCGUUGCUUCAAUACUUUUUAAAGUAAGAGGUAUCUCAGACGACAAACUCAUCUUCGAACGUUGGCCCUUGGAAUAUCAAACGUUGUAACGUCGCAUCGAAACGAAGACUUCCAGUAGGCAACUUCUGGGAAAAUGCACGUUUUAUCGCUGAAUAAAUUUUUUCUUCUUUUUUUUUUCAUUUAGAUGCGAAUGAAUUAUAUCACGAGGGCGCAACCCGAGUGAUAUAUUAAUACGCAUCUAAACGACAAACAAUGAUUUUAUUCAGGAGCAAAUCACUAAAUGUAUCUGUGAAGAUAUUUACCAAAAAUCUGCCUUUUGUGUUGUUUCCUUUUCCAGCGCGCCGCUGUGAUGUUUGACGUAAUUCGUGAAAAUUCUUUUACUGAUUUUGUGGACUAAACAGUCUGAGAUGGCAAUUUUCCCAUCGUUUUAAAUAAAUUUGUGUGGGAAGUGCAUUGGCAUGUUUAUAACAGAUGUAUAUAAAUUGGAAGAUGAUAAAAUGAUGUCGGUGGACCGUGAUAAUUUCUUUAUAGAGCCUAUAAAUAAUUCUAGUAAUAUAAAAUUCUUGUAAUAUACCAUUUACCUGCGGAUUUAGGAAUCUCGAAAUUCGUUCACAAUUAUUUCUGGUCAUGCUAAAAAUAUAAGUCAUCGGUAGCACCAAUCUUUAUAACGUGAAAAUCACAGAAUAUAGAUUUUUUAUGAAGUAUUUGCCAAAAAUAGUAGUCACUCAUAAUUUAAAAUGCCAUUAGGGCCCCUUUCUUAUAUAUUACUGAUAUGAUGCUAGUCUUGCCAACCUUCUUGUGGUAUUUUGAUGAUGGUCUGCUAGCCUGGCACAACUAUUUCCAAGUGCGCACACAAUACUUUUAAGUGAAUCCGUUAGAUUUCUUGAAAUAUAGAAAAUAUUGGACUUUAAACAUACUGAACGUUUAAUCUCACUUUUUUUGUAAGAUUUUUAAAAACUUGUGACACAGUUUUGUAAGAUUUUUUUUAAAAUGUUACACAGGUUUGUAAGAAUUAAAAAAAAAUUGUAACACAGUUAAGAUAAAUAUUUUGACAUUUUC